CCAGUGGAGCCAGUCAUUCCACUGAAAAGUAGUGGCAAUGUUGCAAUUUUGGAACACAAGAGCCAAAUAAUGAAGAAGCAACGGAGGCAACCCAGAAGAAAAUGGAAAGGCAUCAAAGUGGGGGAGGAUAUAUUAUAGCUUAAUGAGUGUAAGCAAGUCAAACUUGAAAGCAUUUCAUCCUGCCCUGCAAGCUGUGAAUUCUGCAGAAGCAAGCUCUUCAAAGGGUAGCCUGUGAAUACAGAUUUGCAUGAGAAAUAGAAGAUGUCUUGUGGCACCAGGCAAACUAAACCCAGUAUUCCUUUUGUGCAAUAGAUACAUCAGCCUUUCAUCCCUGAGCAAAAUAAAGGAGUCAGUCAUCCAGGGCCCUGUGCACACAGGAUGGCCCCAAGGCAAACUUCAGAAGACUUGCUUCACUGCAACUCCAUCCUCCUUGUGUUUUUAAGUGCAGUCCCUGGUUGCUGCCAACUGAUGGAAUCCGCUGGUCGCUGGGACCAUGGCCCGUCCAACGGCAGCACCUAUGAGGUUGAGCUCAGAAACGGAUCCAACUCCACUUCUCAGUUUACCGGCGUGCAGAUGAUCCAGUCUUUCAAGCCUCUGAUCAUCCCCUGCUACACUUUGGUUGUGCUGGUGGGCAUUUUUGGGAACUAUCUCCUCCUCCACGUUAUCUGCAAGACUAAGAAAAUGCACAAUGUCACCAACUUCUUCAUUGGAAACCUGGCCUUUUCUGACAUGCUGAUGUGUGCAACCUGUGUCCCUUUUACUCUAGCGUACGCUUUCAACCCCCAGGGAUGGGUCUUUGGGAAGUUCCUGUGCUAUUUUGUGUUCCUGAUGCAGCCCAUGACGGUAUAUGUGUCCGUCUUCACCCUCACAGCUAUCGCAGUGGACAGGUACUACACCACCGUGCACCUCCUUAAGAGGCGCAUUUCCUUCACUACCUGUGUGUACAUCAUCGGUGGGAUCUGGCUGCUCUCCUGUGCCUUGGUGGCCCCCGCUAUUGCCCACACAUACCACGUGGAGUUCCAGAAGGAAGGCUUUGCCAUCUGCGAGGAGUUCUGGAUGGAAGAGGGGAAAGAGCGCCUGGUCUAUGCCUACAGCACCUUGAUCAUCACCUACAUCCUCCCCCUCUCGGCCGUCUCCCUCUCCUACAUCUGCAUCACCAUUAAGCUGAAGAACCGCGUUGUGCCUGGCCACCCGACGCAGAACCAGGCGGAGUUCGACCGCCUGCGGAAGAGGAAGAUCUUCCGCUUGCUUGUGCUGGUGGUGGCCGCCUUUGCCAUCUGCUGGCUCCCCAUCCACGUCUUCAACGUCCUCCGUGACAUUGACAUCAACCUCAUCAACAAGGACUACUUCCUUCUGAUCCAGCUGCUCUGCCACUGGUUUGCUAUGAGCUCCUCCUGCUGCAACCCCUUCCUAUAUGCCUGGCUGCACGAUCGCUUCCGAAGCGGAUUGAAAGAGGUGUUCACCUUCAAGCGGAAGAUCAUGCCCACCAAUAACUGUGUGGCGGUCAGUGUAAUGCUCUGAACAUG